AUGGCUUCGAAAACUUUACUUGUGCUAUGCAUUGUGGCUGUUGUUUUCGCAAUUGCAUAUGCCGGGGAAGCAGCCCGAGAGAUGGCUGUGGACUCUAACAAUGCUGCUCACAACAAGGCGAACGGCAUAGAAGAUGCCAAAUACGGUUACCCUGGCCGAGGUGGAUACCCUGGCCAGGGCGGUGGCGGAUACCCUGGCCAUGGUGGUGGAGGAUACCCUGGCCAUGGUGGUGGAGGAUAUCCUGGUGGCCGUGACAGCUGCCGAUAUGGUUGCUGCGGUCGUCGUGACUACAACGGUAUCUGCCAAAGGUGCUGCCCUCAUCCUGUCUAA